AUGCGAUCCAACCGCAUCAUAGUUCCCAAAGCGAAGCGUUCAGAAGUGCUCCAACAACUACAUCAAGGAUAUUGUGGAGGAGUCAAAAUGAAGAACCGCGCCCGAAAUGCCUUGUAUUGGCCAUCCAUGAACAAGGAUAUCGAACAACACACAAAGCAUUGUGAGCUCUGUCAAAAAUACCAGAAAUCAAAACCAAAGGAACCGAUGAUAAUUAGUGAAGUCCCAUCGCUACCUUGGGAAAUGGUUAGCGCUGAUAUCCUUACGCACGAGGGCCUCGAUUAUCAGGUGAUCGUGGACCAUUAUAGUUUCUAUUGGACCCUCGCCCCGCUUGUCAAGAUGACAACGAAGCACAUCGUCGGAGGCAUGUUCGAGUCCUUCCAACACUUCGGCAUGCCUCGAGUUCUCCGGACGGAUAAUGGGCCGCAGUAUACGUCGUAUGAGUUCGAACAAAUCAUGAAAGUACACGAUAUCCAACACGUCACGAGUGGUCCCUACUAUGCCAGAGGGAACUCGUUGGCCGAGCGCGCCGUUCAAGAGGCAAAAAAGAUCUUACGUAAGCAUCAAUUCGGUACCACGGAAUUCUACACAGAACUAAUGGAACUCAGAACAUCGCCGGGAUCGGUCGAGCUUGCUGCGCCAUCGGAGAGAUUGUUGGGGCGACGACUUCGCACACUCCUCCCGGUCCACAAUGCCAUCCUAGCGCCGAAGACGAUUGAUCCAGAACGCGUCCAGAAACUCAUCACAGAGGAAAGAAGAAAACAGAGAGCAUAUUACGAUGGACAGACUCGAGAGCGUCCCGACUUCGUGGAGGGUCAGGAAAUACGCGUCCGGGAUAGGAGCAGCAAAGCGUGGAUUAAGGGAACGGCUCACAGUGUCCAGCAGAAGCUGUGCUCCCUAGUCAAAGUCUUAGAAGAUCAGAACGAAUAA